AUGAAGCGAUGCCAUUUGGGAUUCGCUAUAUUAUUGUGCUUUGUUGCUCUGAUGCAGCUACCAGCGCACAGCUACGCAUUGGAUCAGCAAGCCGUGGACGCAUUUAAAAACUAUCUCGAGGAGCUGUACAACAAAUAUUUUAAAGAUAAGACAAAGAUUGUGAAGACGAUCUACAAAAUGUUUAACUGGAAACUCCAGAAAGCUGCAGGAAGUGAAGCAGCGAAAACGUAUGUGUCAAAAGUGUUGAAACUGCAGCUAAAUUUGUGUGCCCCGAUUGAUACGUACAAAAUAUCAGACGGAAUGGCUAACAAAGUACCAAAGCAUGUGCUGGAUGAAGCUGCUCGGAUCUGGAAAUCAAUAAAUGCCGACGAGUUCAGUUUCAGAAACGAAUAG